CUUUAUGAUGGUGCUGGUUAAAGUUGGGGAAGUGUCCACGUUGCUCUUCUUUCCUCACUCAUCACAAGUGGAUUGGCGCAUCUCAUUUACUGAGACUUUGUUCCUCUUAAGACCAUAAAAAGUACAGUCAAAGUUUCAUGACAAUCCAUCCUAUAGUUGCAAUAUUUUAGUCUGGACCAAAGAGUCGACCCAACCAACUGAUUCACCAGCUGUGCCAUCUUUAGAAAAAUGCUAAUCUAAAGAAAAAGUAGUUUAACUAAUCUGCAAAGACAUGUGACUUUUCUAAGCUAAUAUUUUGUGAUGAGGGGUUAACAAUUUUAAGGACUUUCAAGCAAAAAAAAAAGAAGUUAGAAACCACAUCAUCAUAUAAAACUACUGUACGAUUUUGUUUUGAUGGCAGUGAACUAUAGGGAUUUUUUUUUUUACCCAUCUUGGAUUUAACUUCCUAUUUCUCUAACUUCCUUUAUCUUGAGUAGGGUAGGCCUACAUCUCCCAGCAACCCCUGGAGGAGGUGUCUUUUGAAUUACGGUGUCUGGGAGGAAAAAGUAAUCCCAGCACCUGAGCAAGAGUGGGUCUUCAUUUUGGUACUACAUACAGUCACUUUAUUAGGUUCACCUGUACAAUUACACAGGUGUAAAGGCGGAAAUGUUGCACUGAAUUGCAUACAGCUGUAUGUGGCCGCUGAGUGUAUAUUUCUACAUAACCUGUAACAAUGUAGCAACCAUUGUCACAAUUCUGUUCUUGGUUUCACACGGAAAUAGUCAAAUUUCCUGUUCCUCGUUCUUACGGUACCGUAGAGACACGCCCAGUCGCACGGUCGGUGACGCCAUAGCAUCGGACCGUGAUGGGAACUCGAGCGAGCGCUGAGAAAAUGAGUGACAUCCCCCUCUCUCGCUCUGAGGUGUUUGGGGAGCUGAGGAAGGAGCUGUUUGAAGAUGAAGAGUUCCAUCAGUCUGAUGUCCACAUCUUCAUCAUCAUGGGAGCCUCGGGAGAUCUGGCUAAGAAGAAAAUCUAUCCAACUCUAUGGUGGUUGUUCAGAGAUGGCCUCCUCCCUGAGCAGACUUAUUUUGUGGGCUUUGCUCGCUCAAACUUGACUGUUGAUACUAUCCGGGCAUCUUCCAUGCCAUAUCUGAAGGUGACAGACACAGAAGCAGAGCGACUGUCGGCCUUCUUCAGCAAGAACUCGUAUAUCAGUGGGAAAUAUGUUGAUGAGAGUUCCUUCACUAAACUCAACGCACACAUCCUGUCUUUACCCGGGGGAGCUGGGGCGAACCGUCUGUUCUACCUGGCCCUGCCACCCACUGUCUACCAUGAUGUUACCAAGAACAUCAAGCACCACUGUAUGAGCACAAAAGGCUGGAACAGGGUGAUUGUAGAGAAACCCUUUGGCCAUGACCUUCAGAGCUCUGAAGAGCUGUCCACUCACCUCUCGUCCCUCUUUACUGAAGACCAGGUCUACCGUAUAGAUCACUACCUGGGCAAAGAAAUGGUGCAGAGCCUCAUGGUGCUCAGGUUUGGAAACCGAAUCUUCGGGCCGAUCUGGAACAGGGACAGUCUGGCCUGUGUUGUCCUCACCUUUAAAGAACCAUUUGGCACGCAGGGACGAGGAGGCUACUUUGAUGAUUUUGGCAUCAUCCGAGAUGUUAUGCAGAACCACUUGCUCCAGAUGCUCAGCCUGGUUGCCAUGGAGAAACCAGCUUCCACCAGCUCUGAUGAUGUCAGGGAUGAAAAGGUGAAGGUGCUAAAGUGCAUUGCUCCAGUGACCAUGUCAGAUGUGGUGCUGGGUCAGUAUGUUGGGGAUCCAGACGGUGAGGGAGAUGCCAAACUGGGUUACCUUGAUGAUCCCACAGUUCCUAAAGGAUCAACUCAGGCCACUUUCGCCACUGUUGUGCUCUAUGUGCACAACGAACGCUGGGAUGGUGUUCCCUUCAUCCUUCGCUGUGGAAAAGCUCUGAAUGAGAGGAAAGCUGAGGUGCGACUGCAGUUCACAGAUGUCCCAGGAGACAUAUUUGGAAAACAGUGUCGCAGGAAUGAGCUGGUGGUACGUGUGCAGCCUAAUGAGGCCGUGUACGCCAAGAUGAUGAGCAAGAAACCUGGUGUUUACUUCAGCCCUGAAGAAACUGAGCUGGACCUCACCUACAAGAGCAGAUACAAGAAUGUGAAGCUUCCAGAUGCUUACGAGCGUCUCAUCCUGGAUGUCUUCUGUGGGAGUCAGAUGCACUUUGUACGCAGUGAUGAACUAAAGGAAGCAUGGAGGAUCUUCACACCUCUCCUUCAUCAGAUAGAGAAAGAGAAGCCCAGACCUCUUCCCUAUAAAUAUGGAAGUCGUGGCCCGGUAGAAGCAGACGACCUUUCGAAGAGAGUUGGAUUUCGCUAUGAGGGAACAUACAAAUGGGUCAAUCACCUGUGAAUAACAGUAAGAGUGAGAGGGGUGCGGCAGGGUAAACAGGUGGUGUUAUGUUCCAGUACUUGUCUUUGUAGAAGGAGGCGUUUGCACUGUGUGGAUCCAUCACAGUCGUAGCAAAGAAGGAUAAUUAAAAAGAGUGUUCCUCAGGUUUAGUAAUUGUUCAGUGAGGCCAGCUCAUCAAAAACUUAAGUAUUAUAUGUGUAUAUAUAAUUUUAAAUUUAUAUGUGGGACCAAGUUGUGAUCAAUAUGAACUGGCUUCAUGUUCCAUCUCCAUUAAUUAGGUUAUUAAUUUGUUGGGAAAUGGAGCUACAGAGUAGAGCAGAGCACCAGCAAAACCAGCAGCUGAGUCAUGUUCACCCAGCGCAAGUACUGUACUUGACUGUACCAAAGAUGGUAGCUGAACACACCAGAGACCAGGACAACAGGAAUGAUUGCCCACUAGCUGUCACUCUUUCAUGCAGUGAUUGCAUUUAUUGGUCACACUUAGUGGAUUUUUUUUUUUUUUUUGCCUUUUCUGCUUGAGCCCAAGGACAGUCAUGGUUGUUUGAUAUAAAAAGACAGUUUUUUUAUUUUUAAAACCAAAGCAUUCGCACUAGACUGUAUCAAGCAAAGUAGGUUCUUUUGUCUUGUUUAGCUGUUUCCCUCUGAGCCUCAUUCCCUUGUUUUAUACUUUCAGAGGUUUAAGGUGCCGAUUUUCAUUCUGUAUUUCAAAAUGUCCAGGCAGCAGCGGCGUCUACCACAGGUCAGCCAUGAAUGUCUUUGUAAUUACCUACUCUAUACUAUUGUUAACUGCACACCUAUAUAACACUAGCUACGUUUCCACAACUUGUAAUAAACUAAUUUUACCUCUCUA